GCCGUUUAUGGUCCUCGGAUCGUCAUUGAUCCGCUGGACAUGCCUCCGGACGAACGCAGCUUACUGCGAUCUGCUCGUUUCCGGCAUUGGUUUUGCUCGUUGGAGGUCGCCGGAAUGUUUAUAACGUUGCCUUCAAGGAAUGGCUUUUACUUUGUUGGCUUAUGGAAUUGGAAAUUUCGUAAGCAUGGACAUAUUGUUCUUGCUAUUGUUAAUGUUUGGAUUUUGCUGCGCUUUCAUGGUUGAGCUGAGAUCUUAGUGUUGAAAAAUUGAAGUUUGAGGAGCUUUCGGUUUGGUGGUCCAGAAAAGAGAAACGGAAUGGAGUGAAGUGAAAAUGUGGAAUCCUGUUCUUUAAUAAUUUGCGCUUUUUAUUUCUUCAAACAAGAGAGAGAGAGAGAGAGAGAGAGAGAGAGAGGCGGAGAGAGAGAGAGAGAGUCUGACUAGGCACUUACCCGAACGUCAAGUUGGUUUACCUGAGUUUGUCAUCCGACUCCUUGGUUUUUUUCACUUGCAGAGUUUUUUUUUUCAGACACUUAAUGGGUUUGAAUAUAUCACAAUUUACCUCCCAAUUUAUUUUUUCAUAUUUUUCCUAAUACAAUCAAGGUUUUAAAUUAUUGAUUUUCCUGUAUUUCUUUAUUAUUGCAGUCAAUGUGGCCACAUUUUCGAUUACAAUCACUCCAGAAACCUUGAAGUUGCCGUUUAAAACCUUGAGGCUAUUGAUGUUAUAUUUUUGUUCAAAAAGGCCAGAUUGCUUUCACUUAAUCCAUAAUUUCCCGUGAAAUUAAAAUGGCUUUAACAAUAUCAUGGAUUCUUUUAAAGUUGGUUCUAUAUUACUUCCUGUAUAGUUUUUCUAUUAGAUGUUGGGUUCCUUACUUAACAUGGGGUUUCCUUGAGUUGCUGGUGGAUUGUUGAUCAAACGAUUUAUGUUUGCUUCAGGAAAUAAGUGUUCUUAGAUUCUCUCUCUGUCUUGUCUCAUAAAUUAUAUCAAUGCAUUUUGGCAUUUGAUGCUUUCUUGUGGACCUUGGUAACCUGAUUGAACUUUGCCUGUGCACAUACCUUAUUACCUUUGAGCUCUUUACACUUUGCCUAUCUUCAACUUCGCCCAUUUGAUUGGAAAUGUCUGCUCCCGUCGCAGAGGGUAAUGAGGCACAUGGACUCACUGGUCACAUAAUAUCAACCACAAUUGGUGGCAAAAAUGGUGAACCUAAACGAACUAUCAGUUACAUGGCCGAACGUGUUGUUGGCACUGGAUCAUUUGGAAUUGUUUUUCAGGCAAAGUGCUUGGAGACCGGGGAGGCAGUGGCCAUAAAGAAGGUCUUGCAGGACAGGCGAUACAAAAAUCGGGAACUGCAGUUAAUGCGCAUGAUGGAUCACCCAAAUGUAGUUUCCCUGAGGCACUGUUUCUUCUCUACAACAAGUCGAGAUGAACUUUUUCUGAACUUGGUGAUGGAAUAUGUCCCUGAGACGAUCUUCCGUGUUAUAAAGCACUACAGUAGUAUAAACCAGAGAAUUCCCCUGAUCUAUGUGAAAUUAUAUACAUAUCAAAUCUUUAGGGGACUGGCAUAUAUCCACACCGUACCAGGAGUCUGCCACAGGGAUGUAAAGCCUCAAAACCUUUUGGUGGAUCCAGUCACACAUCAAGUCAAGCUUUGCGAUUUUGGGAGUGCAAAAGUUCUGGUGAAGGGUGAAUCAAACAUCUCAUACAUAUGUUCACGGUACUAUCGUGCCCCAGAACUAAUAUUUGGUGCGACAGAGUACACAACUUCUAUUGAUAUCUGGUCAGCUGGUUGUGUCCUUGCUGAACUUCUCCUGGGUCAGCCUUUGUUCCCGGGAGAAAAUCAGGUCGACCAACUUGUUGAAAUUAUCAAGGUUCUUGGCACUCCUACUCGAGAAGAAAUUCGAUGCAUGAACCCUAAUUAUACAGAUUUCAGAUUCCCCCAUAUCAAAGCUCAUCCUUGGCACAAGGUUUUUCACAAGCGAAUGCCUCCUGAAGCAAUUGACCUUGCAUCAAGGCUUCUCCAAUAUUCACCAAAACUUCGUUACAGUGCAGUGGAAGCAUUGGCACAUCCUUUCUUUGACGAGCUUCGCGAGCCCAAUGCUCGGCUACCAAAUGGUCGUUCACUGCCUCCACUUUUUAACUUCAAACAGGAAUUAGAUGGAGCUCCUCCUGAACUGCUUCCUAAGCUCAUCCCGGAGCAUGCCAGACGGCAAAUCGGUUUUGGCUUGCCGGACACCCAAACUCAAAUGUAAAGAGAUAGUGAAACAUAGAGUCAACCGUUGUAGUGAUUAGCGUGAAAUACAUCAAUAGAACAGGGGUCAGUUCCAAAAUAUGCAAAGUUUUAAUCCCGUUGUGAAUAUAU